GGCCGUUCCAGCCGGCGAAGGCGCCCGUCGGAGCAGGGAGAAAUGCCCGCUGCGGCGUGACUUCGGCUGCCGGUGAAGACUCCGGGAAUGAAGCGGAGUAGCAGCUGCUGGUUCCUGUGUGGGGCUGACCUUCUGCUCUGCGCUGGCUUGUUGAGGCGCUGCCCUGGGUGAGACGACAGGGAUGUACUCACACUGUGUUUUGAGAAGAGGGAAAAACCUGGAAGGAAUCGCCCUUUUUCUCUCCUUCUGGUCUUCUGCAUCCACACACGCUUUCCUUCCGACUGCGUAGCCAGUACAGAGGCUCUCCCACUGCUGUAAUCUAUCAGUUCUACAAAGCAAGAUGUAUUGGCAAAUGAUUCUGACCACGUUUGUGCUAUUGGAUAUCUUUGCCUUUAUAUUUGCAGACUUCCUUCAAACGACAGUUGCCCAUUGUAUGGUCCAUCAGAUUCCUCCCAGGAACUUUACAUUACCCUGUAUGCUGCUAAAUGAGACAUUUUUGAAUCCUUUCUCUGCUGAAGUUGUAGAGAGCUGGUCUGGUUUGAGGAGAGAGCGUGGAACACCUGAAACCAAGCCUCCCUUGCUAAUGAAUGAAGAAAGUUUCCUGUGUUGCCUUUGGAGUGAUAACAACAUUGAGUGUUCUUUGUACAGAGCAAGCAUGCGAGCAAGGACGUUUAUUCCUUCAGAAAUAAAUAUCUCUGCUUCUCAGGAAAUAGAUUCAAAUUGGAACAUUGAAUGUUGGAUUAAAGGCAAGCUGGACCUGUUGGUUUGUAGCCUGCGGUUUUUGAAGUUGUACUUGAGAGCCGACUUGAAGGUUAAUCUUUUCUAUGCUGCAUCCGAGCUGUCACUGGGAGAUGUAUCUUCGAGCUCUCUGAAGGGGACUGUUGUGGUGGCUCAGUGUGACUGCAGUGACCACGAUGAGUGUGAGUGCUCUGUGCCUUCUCCGAGACUCAACUGCACUUACAUCAUGUGGCUGAAGAUGACAAUUGAUGUAACACCUCUGUGGUCACCUUUGAUGGCAGUCAAACCCGUAGACAUAGUAAAGCCUGAACCUCCUUUGAACCUGCACCUAGAAAUGGCAGAGAAAGGUCAACUGAAGAUCUGCUGGUCUGCCCCUGUGCUGAUGCCAUACCCACUCCAGUAUGAAGUGAGGAUCUCUGCAAGUUCCAGUGGAAAUGGUUGGCAGAUGGUUCGAGUGGCUCUAGAAACCUCACUGGCCAUAGACAAUGCGCUACUUGAUUCUUCACCCUUAGUUCAAGUGCGGUGCAAGAACCAUGGGGGUCCAGGGUUCUGGAGUGAGUGGAGCACACCGUAUAACCUGGGAGGUGAAGUCCUGUACUUCCCUCCUAAGAUACUGACCAGUGUUGGUUCUAACGUUUCCUUUCAUUGCAUCUAUAAAAACAAAACCAAGAUUGUAGUGUCCAAGAAGAUUGUUUGGUGGCUGAAUUUAGUAGAGGAAAUCCCAGAAAGUCAGUAUACGCUUGUGAAUGAUCGCGUAAGCAAAGUUACUCUUUUCAACUUGAAAGCAACAAAACCUAGAGGAAGUUUCUUCUAUAACGCAUUGUACUGUUGUCAUCAAAAUAGGGAAUGUCAUCAUAGAUACGCUGAAUUAUAUGUAGUAGAUGUGAAUAUUAAUAUCACAUGUGAAACGGAUGGGUAUUUAACUAAAAUGACUUGCAGAUGGUCUGCCAACCCAAACACGUUGCUCCUGGGGAGUUCCUUGCAGUUAAGAUACUACAGGAGCAGAAUUUAUUGUUCUGACUUUCCAAGUACUUCUCCAAAAUCAGAGGUGAAAGAAUGCCAUUUACAGAAGAAUCAUUCUUAUGAGUGCAUGUUUCAGCCUAUUUUUCUUUUGUCUGGCUAUACCAUGUGGAUAGAGUUUAAACACUUCCUGGGAACACUUGAGUCCUCACCGACCUGUGUCGUUCCAGCAGAUGUGGUGAAGCCGCUUCCUCCUUCUAACGUCAAAGCAGAAAUCACCAGGGAUGUGGGGCUGCUGAACGUGAGCUGGACAAACCCAAUGUUUACAAACAACGAGCUUAAAUUUCAGAUUCGGUACGCCCUGAACAGGAAGGAAAUUUCAUGGGAGCUUUAUGAGGUUUCAAAUGCACAAGGAUCAGUUGUGAUAAAAGUUCAGAAACUCUGCGUGGAGUAUGUUGUUCAGGUGCGGUGCAGAGAACUGGAUGGCCCGGGUUACUGGAGCAACUGGAGCAGACCAGCCUACACCCUGGUACAAGAUAUCAAAGCUCCCUUACAAGGCCCUGAAUUUUGGAGGAUUGUUAUUGAAGAUCCGGUGAGGAGGCAGAAGAACGUUACGCUCCUGUGGAAGCCACUGCUGAAGAAUUGCUCACUGUGCAGCGUGAGCCGGUACGUUAUAAAGCAUCAGACAUCAGGAAACACCACGUGGUCAGAGGAUGUUGAUAAUGGCACCACCUCUUCGUUUCCGUGGACUGAAGACACACACACCGUUACAAUUUUAGCCAUGAAUUCCAUUGGAGUUUCUUCAAUUAAUUUUAAUUUAACUCUAUCAAAGCAAAUGAGCACAGUGAGUGUAGUGGAGUCCCUCAGUGCUUACCCCGUGAACAGCACUUGUGUGGUUUUGGUUUGGACACUUUCACCUCCAAUACAUGUGCUGAUAUCUUUUGUUAUUGAAUGGAAGAACCUUAACAAAGAAGAGGAGAUGAAAUGGGUGCGAGUUCCUCCGAAUAUUAGUAAAUAUUAUAUUUAUGAUCACUUUAUUCUGAUUGAGAAGUACCAGUUCAGCCUGUACCCUGUGUUUGCUGGAGGGGUUGGCAAAUCCAGAGCAACGGAUCAGUUUGCCAAAGGUGGAUAUGAAGAUGAGAAUAACGCCAGCCUCUCGGUGGUUCUGCCAAUAAUUAUUUCAACCUCAGUUUUGUUGCUUGGAGCGUUGCUGGUUUCGCACCAAAGAAUGAAGAAACUAUUUUGGGAAGAUGUUCCAAACCCCAAGAACUGCUCCUGGGCGCAAGGAGUUAAUUUUCAGAAGCCUGAAACUUUUGAGCAUCUUUUCAUCAAGCACCGGGAAGCGCUGUCGUUUGAGCCUCUUCUUCUGGAACCAGAAAUAGUGCUGGAAGACAUCAGUGUGACUAAAGCCUUGAAAAAAGAAGACACGCAAGAUUUUUUAGUGAUUGAUUCCAUGUUUACAAAUAUUCAAGACUCUGAACGGGACUCUGCUUGCUCUAGCAGCCAUUUCCACAGUAGCAGCUUCUCCGAGGGCUCCCGCGACGACCAAACCAGCAGAGAAAUGCCAAGGCAGUCCGAUAUUAAAUAUGCUACACUUAUCAGUCAUUCCAGAUCAAGUGGGCUUUACGAACACAAACUGAAUCUACGAAGUUUAUUUGACAGCUGCUUCCCAGCUGAGGAUCCCUUAGUCACAGGCACCUUCUCCAGCAGCUCUUGGGAGGUGGGAAAAGGGGCAUUCCUCCUGUUACCCGAUCCACCUGGGAAGACUCUUUCCCUUUCCCUUAUUUCCUCAGAGGGAUUCUCAGAGCCUUCAGAUCAGGAUGACACUUUCCCAGACGGGGACAGUCCCGAGCGGAGCCUGUGUUACCUUGGGAUAGCGUCGUUGGGAAAAAGAGAAAAUCACGUUUUUUUAACAGAAAGCUCCGGGGUGAUGUGUCAGUUGCACACAACAGAUCUACUCCAAGACGUGGGGUUUCUUCAGCGUACGCCUCCUAAUUUCGAUGCCUUUAUCCAAAGUAGCCUUAAGUAUAAAGCCAUUGUGCCCUAUGUGCCGCAGUUUCAGAUGAGCGCUGCCAAGGCGCAGGAGACCAUAGAGAAGAACUCUUAAGUUGUCACACCAUAAUUUCAUACUCUUAACGUUUGGGUUUUUAGAUGUCAAUACGUUCCCCCUCUUUUUCCCCUCUCCUAACUUCUUUCAGGAGCUAUCUUGUUUUGAAGCUGGAUAACGGGUUCUGUAUUUGAGUGCCAGGAUUUCAGUAGGAAGAAAUUCUAUUUAUUGACCUAAUUUUCAAAUGUGAGGCCUUCUGUUAGAGAUUUGAUCACUGCCAAAUUACCUAU